AUGGGUUCCUCGGACACUCUCCCAACAUUGGAGUCUCUCCAUUUCCCAUCGGCAGAGCAGUCUAUCUCUCAGACACUCUCGUCGCUGCGUCGUUCGGCGCUGUCCGUCUCCAACCGACUCCAGUCUAUUGAGACAGAUGCCACCUUUGUGCAAGAGGUUGGUGAUCAUUAUGGCUUGCCAUUGAUUGCCAAUGAGCGCUGUGGAAGCUGGUAUAUCCCGCCUUCAGUCAAGACCGGCAGUGCUUAUUUCAAAAGCACCGAUGGCCACACCGGCCAGUGGGAUUUUAGCUUCCGUAGGCUGAACUUGCAGUUGCUUCCACUAGCCAGCGAGCAUGGGGGCUGUGUAAUUGUCGAUUCGACUCGCCGAGGCAAAUUGAUGCCGGACGCAUUAUCAAAGACCGUCCCAAUCUGGAGCGCUGUGUUGAACCGAGCCCUGUUCCCAUCCGCCACUGCAUACCAUCCAGUUCAACUCCCACCCGAUUACCUGGGCGCAUCGGAAGAAGCACAAAUCGAGAAUCGAAUCGAAGGAUUCGUGCAUUCUCUUAAGAGCCUGAAACUCGACCUGGAUAACCUCCGGCAACAACUUGGAAAGCCCAUCCAGAUCGCGUGGGCCAACAGGUCAUAUUUCCACCCGCCAGAUCUGCACACCGGCGAUGAGUACCAUCUGCUAGUACUAUGUUCCGCUUCGAGACGGGUGCAUGGCGCCGAGAUGUCCGAGGGGGGAUACAUCCAGGGUGCGGGUGACGACAGCGAGGGAUGGGCGUAUGGGCUAACGCCGCCGGUCUUUUGGGCCAAUCAGACUGUUUUGAAAAACACCCCUGAAGAUGAUCUACCGGAGCUCAUUGCUAGACUUGUCGCUGAGCAUAAGCAGCUGGAUGUAGCAACGGAUGCGACGCUCGUUUCCCCCACGCGGAAUCUGUACAUCGGCUUGUCAGGUGCUGGUGUUGAUGCUGGAGGUCGGUAUGAUCUUGUUAUUGAUUGCAAUGGGAAUGCUGCGGCGGUGGAGGGCGAUGCAAAGAGACUCAAUUUGGGAUGCGAUUCUGGGAAAUUGGGGAGUCGGGAUCUACGCAAAUCUUUGGAUAAGGUGCGUGACUUUGUGGGAUCCCGGCUUGAGGCCGAUUCCUCGCUGUCGAUAUUGGUUACCUGUGAGAGUGGAAAGGAUCUUUCGGCAGGAACACUGCUAGCGAUCGUUUGCCUGUUCUAUAACGACGAGGGUAGAUUCGAUGCUUCGCUAAGCAAGCGUGCGAUCAGCAAGCAAUUCAUUCGACAGCGUCUAGCGUGGCUCGUGUCGUCGAAACAUGAUGUGAACCCGUCUCGAGCUACGCUUCAAUCUGUCAAUGCUUUCCUGAUGCAGCCGCCGGAUUAUUAA